AUGAGGGGUCAGGUGGAGAAGAACGAGGAGGCCGACCAGAAGAUCGAACAGGAUGGCACCCCCAACAAACCUGAGGACAAGGCCCAUAAGGCUGCCACCAAAAUACAGGCUAGCUUCCGUGGACACAUAACUCGGAAAAAGAUGAAAGACGGAGAGGAGGAGAAGGACGGCGACAGUCCCGCCGCCGAAAACGAGGCGACGGAUGGAGGAGAGGAGACAAAGAAGGUCGAGGGAGAGGAGGCGCCCGCCAAGCAGGAUGAGGUCAAAGCGGAGGAGGAGGCCAAGAAAGAGGAGGAGGAGACAAACCAAGCCAAAAGCCCAGCGGCGGACAAGCCGGCCAACUCCCCGGCAGCUGCCGCCGCCGCCCCGUCUCCCGUGGCGGCGGCCCCGGCCGCCACGGCGCCCUCCGAGCCGAAGGUGGAGGAGCAGGCCGCGGAGAAACCCAAAGAGGUGGAGGCUCCGGCGGCGGCGGCCAAGAGUCCCACCGCCGCCACGGCCGAGGACAAGAAGGAGGAGGAGAAGAGCGAGGAGAAGAAGAAGGAGGAGGAGGCCAGACAAGCCGACGUGCCUGCUGCUGUCAGUCCGACAGCCGAGAAGGAGGAGCCUAACCAAACAAAAGAUAAACAAGAUGCUGCAGCGGAGUCAAAAGCAGAGGAGGCCGCCCCAGCAGGAGGGGCAGCGGAGGCCACCGAGUCCAAGGACGACUAAGGCAACGUCUAACCCCAUGAAAGCAGAAUUAAGAAUAUGAAGCAAAACACAGAAAUGAAAAUCUAAAAAGGUUGCUCCUUUUGCCUCCCCAUUGAGGAGGCAGUCCGUUUCUAUUUGUUUGUCAUUUUUUGUGUGGCAAUGAUUUUCUCAUGUUGGGGGAGUUUCCAGCAUGACGUUUUUUGGCUCAAGCUAAUACUACGAGGAGGGGGAUGUCGAUCACGACGUAGACGAUGAAAUGAUUGUUACCCUGAUGACGAGGCGGGAGACUUCAUUUGGUAUAUCUUCACUAUCUAAUGUAUGUAAAUCAUCUGACGUAGUGACUGCUCCCAACUGGAUGUGCACACAUUUAAAAUGCAUCGCCGAUGCGUCAUACUUGCAUUGGAAUGCACUUUUUCCAAACGCACGUUGCAAAUAAAAUCCGUUCUGCAAACGCACGCACAAAAACAAGCAGGUUUUAAAAUGCAACUCCGGUUUUCAACACAACACGAGUGUAUUGAGAACAUAGCAAAAAAUAAUAAAUAGAUAAAAAUGAAAUAAUGCACUGACACAUCAGAUGGUUAAUAGAAUGUAAACUUAAAUGUGUGACAUAUCCAGUUGGUCAGCUUUUUCCAGAAUCCAUAAAUAGUAUAUAGAACAUGACUAUUACUCUCCUUAUUCUGCUUGAGUAACUCAAGCUUGGUUUACACCCCUUUUACUACUUAUACAGCAAAGGACCUGUUGCCAUUUAAAUCGUAUAAUAAACUAUAGAAAUAAACUAUAGUAUUAAUGUAACUGACUCUUAAAUAUAACGAUUUGUCAAGCAAACGUGAGAACAGUAGCAUGAACCAUCGAACCUGAUGCAUGAUGGGAACUCUCCCUAUGAGAGGAACUUCUUCGCAGACACCAAAACUUAAGAGGUGUGGCGGCUUCUUUUUGAUGUCUUCAGUGUUGUUAUGACAGUUUAUAUGAAUUGGAAAAUUACUCUUACACUGAUGUUACAGGAAAAAAAAGAAAAAGAAAAAAAUCUUUAAAGAAAAAUCCAACAAGUGAGCGAAGGUGAAAAAUUCUUUUCCUAUGUUCCAGUGAGUGCAAUGUCCAGUUUCAACCUUAUCAAGGAGUUCCAACUUGUGAGAAAAAAUGUGAAAAAAAUAAAAAUGGUUUUCAUGUCUGUUUUCAAAAAUAAAGCAAAUGUGCCAAUUACCAUCAUACA